UUGCAACAAUAUUGCACAGAUGGUUGAUUGUUCAUCCAGUAGUUUAAAUACAAUUCCAAGUGGUCUUCCAGAAUACACAACUACUUUGAUCCUUGAUGGUAAUCCUUUAAGUAAUGUUGCAGCCAACUCCUUCUCUGAUGUACCGAAUCUUAACAGAUUAUCUAUGAAGAUGUGUAAUAUUCAAGAGAUAGAACCUGGUGCAUUCAGCAGUUUAACAAACCUUCAAACUUUAGAGAUUCAACAAAAUAUGAUUACAAAUUUCAGCAAUGUACUGAGUAGUCUUACAAGCUUAAAAGUACUUAAAGUCAGCCAAAAUAAACUAACCACUCUUGAUCAAUCAAUGUUUAUGAACCUUAGAAAUUUACUGGUUUUUGAAGCCCAUAAUAAUGAUAUAUCAUACAUCAGUCCACAGACAUUUCAAGAGUCUCCUAGGCUUACACACCUCUAUCUUCCAAACUGCAAGCUUGACAACUUGACUCAGAGUACAUUUAAAAACCUCAUCAAUCUUCAAUACUUAGAUGUCAGUGGAAAUCCUAACAAUAAUCUUGGACCUAAUAUCUUCAGGGAAAUGCUACAAUUGCAAUUUCUUUAUCUUUCAAACAUGGCGAUUGAAACACUACAUAAAGAUAGUUUUUCACAGUUAACAAAUCUUCGAGUGUUGAGUUUGAAAAACAAUAAUUUGAAGACUGUGACACGAGAAACAUUUGAGGAUUUAACUAACUUGGAUUACUUGUUAUUGGAAGACAAUCAAUGGAAUUGUGCAUGCCCAUUGAAAGACUUCCUAACAUGGGAUCGCCUUAACACUAUCAGUUCCGACAAUCCAUGGAGAUGCUACGACCCAGAAUUUCUCAGAAAUUCAAUUGCUUUAAAUGUAGACGAUAGACAAUUUGGUUGCGAACCCUGGAUAUAUAAUUUAGAAUUGGAGAAUUUUGGUGAAGGUAAAGUUGAUAUUGGCAAGUCGGUGAUUUUGACUUGUGAGGCUGUUGGGGAUCCUCAACCACAUUAUGAGUGGUCUGCACCCGACGGGACAACCAUAACCACAAUGAAUAAUGACGCACACAUCUACGUCAUAACUAACCGACUUAUUAUCAAUUCUGUUGUCAGUAAAGAUGAAGGGAAUUACAUGUGCACUGCAACAAACUCAAAGGGUUCUGAUUCAAAAGAUUUCUCACUGCAUGUGACAGGAACUAUCACAGAACCACCAAGGCAGCAGUGUCCACUCGCAACACUGAAUGUUGAGACGGUCAAAGUUUCCGAUACUGCUGUUACAGUAAGCUGGACGAAAUCAUUUGGAACAGAUGCAAUAGGUUACUUUGUUCAGUCAAAUGUAUUUGGAGAAAUGGAAUCGGUCACUACAAAAUCAAUAAAUGAAAUAAGUACAGAAGAAGCAACUGUAGAGAACCUGAGCCCUGGGACUGAUUACAUCAUCUGUGUGUCAGUGCAAUUAUCAGGGGGCUGCCCAAGCAUUACUACCAAUGAUCAAUGCAAACAGGUAUCAACCACUGGACUUGAUGAAUAUAAAGCAAAUUUAGAAUCUAUUGAAAACAAACACACAAACGAAUUGAUUGGUGCAGCCAUUGCAACUUUCCUAGGAACUCUCCUGAUUCUAGCAUCGGUAUUUGUUAUCAUUUGGCGAUACAAAAUGCCGAAAGAAUACACCAAGUACGAUUUUAAGAUCACAGAUGAGACAACUCAAUUUGCAAAUAUUGGCGACAUGCCAGAAACUUCAAGUGGAUUUCAAGAUUACAGGGGCAUUGAGCCUAACGUGACACUAGUUGCAUCAUUCAACAACAUGGGCUACGAAGGCAAAGUAGAAAAUGAAGAUCAACCUCCCCUUCAUACAAAAAAUAAUGAUGUUAUACAAAAAAAU